GUUUCUUUUCACUUCCUGGUUGCCUCCCGUGCUUCCCGUCAGCUUGCCGAGCGAUCAAGCGCUCAAGCAAGCUGCGACCGGCCACCAAGCAUGGCUCUACAGGCAUUCAAGUUCGGGACCGGUCCCUGGGACCCAACCCAUCGCUUCGAGACAUCGUGGCUUUUGUCGCCCUGGGCGCUCUUCUUUUGCAGGGCUCUCAUCUCCCUCUAUGCCUUCACGACUCUCCUCUUCGUGCUGGCGUGGCAGUGCGCCCGGGCGGCCACGGGCUGCGAGGCGUCGCGGGAUACGUUCAGCUACUUCACCCACCUGACGUACUGGGGCCUGGCCUUCUACUUCCUCGCCUCGGCGACGCACACGCUCACGUACGCGCGCUCGGGCGUCCCGCUGCUGGACCGGUUCCCGCGCCCGCUGCAGGCGCUCCACUCGGCCUUCUACACCACCAUCGUCGUCUACCCCUUCAUCGUGACCAUCGUCUACUGGGCCCGCCUCUACUCGGGCACCUGGUUCGCCGAGGUCUUUGCCGGCUGGAGCAACGUCUCGCAGCACGCGCUCAACAGCGCCUUCGCCCUCUUCGAGCUCCUCGUCCCCCGCACCGGCACGCCCCCGCCCGUCCACAUGCUCUGGCUCGUCCUGCUGCUGGCCCUCUACCUCGCCCUGGCCUACGUCACCAAGGCCUCCAAGGACUUCUACCCGUACGACUUCCUCGACCCGAAGGAGCAGCACGGCCUGGUCGCGGCCUACGUCUUUGGCAUCGCCGUCGGCUGCCUCAUCAUCUUUGGCGUCGUCUGGUCCAUCAUCUGGCUGCGCAAAUACGUCACCGAGACAAAGCUGGGGAAGACGGGCAAGUUUGCGAAGAAGGACCACCCCGCGAACGCGGCAGGGGAUGUGGAAGUGGCGACGGAUAAGCCGCAGGAGUAGUAGUAGGGUAGCGUGCGCGCUGGCUAUCUGUCUCGUUUUUACU